AUGGACCUCAGCCCGCGACGGUGGGUGCCAUGGUUGCUGCUGGUGACCUUGGUGUCUCCUCACGUGCAUCGCGCGCAGUCGCAGCUUCUCGACCCGUCACAAGCGGCGGUGCUGGAAGAGUGUCAGUCGGAGUGGAAGGUGCGGUUGAGCCAGUGGAGCAACGGCGGGGAUUGCAGCAAGGCGGAGGCCAUUCAGGCGCCUCAAGGCUACAUGCUGCAGGGCUCUCUGCCUGCCUCCAUAGGCAACCUCGUUUCCCUCUCCUACCUGUAA